AUAUAUAUGAAAAAAAUAUAAUAUAAAAAGUAAAAAAAUUCUCUCUUUUGACUGCGUUUUUUUUCCCCUUUGGCAGGGUGUUCGUUCUGGAGGCAAUUCAUGCCUCGGGCUGGCAACGCAAUUUCAUAAUGAAAUACAGGGAGGAAUGUCUAUUAGAGGGAUAGAUGCUGCUCGAUUUGAAUAUACUGACGAGCCAUUGCGUCAGAGAAGCGCCUGCUUUGAGCUCAUAGGAUCCCUAUUUGAAUAUAGUGACGAGCCAUUGCGUCAGAUAAGGGCCUGCUUUGAGCUGAUAGGAUCCCUUUCAAACAGAUGUUUUGGGAUCCCUCCACCUUCCUCGCUCGGAUUAAAAAAAAAUUCUGGCAGAGAAGAACAGUUUAUCGAAUAUUUUGGCACACCAUUGGAGGGCCCUGUCUGCCUUAGGUUGGAUGAGUUCAAGGGGAGAAAAAUUCAGUCAUGGUCACUCAGAAAUUUAAGAAUUUUGGAGCUCAUCAAACCUCAUUGCUUAGUACAAUUAUGGGAUAAUUCAGAUCCUCCUUUGCAGUUAAGAGAACUGUGUAUCGACGAGGCCCGUAAAUUGCAAAGGAUUCCAAACUCAAUAGGACGUCUACAGGGAUUGAAAUGCAUAAAUAUCUCUUAUUGUGAAUCACUGGAGGAUCUCCCUGAAGAGUUUUGCAAUCUCCAAUCACUGGAGUGGCUGAAAUUAUCUUAUUGUUCAAGGCUGUCUUCACUGCCUAGCCGUUUGGGGGAUCUGAUAAACCUGCGGUAUCUAGAUUUGGAGUCGUGUAGGGAGCUGCAGACAUUGCCAGAUUCUUUUAAGCAGCUGAGACACCUUCAACAUCUCAAUUUAGAUGGUUGUCAGGAACUCACCUUGAGAUCCGACAUGCUGGAAAACAUAGUUAACCUGGAGUAUUUGAACUUUGGGGGAUGUAGGAAGCUGGAACAAUUGCCAAAUCAAAUCACACAUCAAGUGUGUUUGAGAGAGCUCAAAGCUACGUACACAAGCAUAAGGGGGCUUCCGAGUGACAUUGGCGAACUCAGAAAAUUGGAAGUGCUGGAGAUAGGAAGUCGGUUCUUGGCCAGCUUGCCGUACUCUCUUGGAAAUCUGUCUAGUUUGACUCGACUAGAACUCAGGAAUUGUGAAAUGUUUAAUUGUUUACCGGACUUUUCGGGGCCUCUAAAUAUGCUCAAGAGGAUAUCAAUAUAUUCCACGAGUGUGUCAACAAUAUCAAUAAGUGGAAACAGCUGUCCCAGCCUUGAAGAUAUCUACCUUUUCAGUAAUGAUCAUCUAGUGGAUAUCCAAAGCCUGCCAACGUCAGUGCCGAGGCUAGAGGUAUCUGACUGUAAAACGCUGAAAAAGGCAACGGGACUUGGCGGCCUAGCAAAUCUUCAAUUGCUUUCCAUAGUGAGGUGUCCGGAGUUAAAUGAGCUCCCAAGUUUUGCAGAAUUACAUUCCCUCAAAUUUAUCUGGAUAAGAGAUUGCGACGAAAUAGUGGAAAUCGAAGGGCUAGAGAAUUCGAGAACAUUGGAGACAUUGGAGGUGCAUACAUCACGGAUGUCCCCAGCUAUACAAAGUUUGGAGGGGUUGGAGAAAUUGAAGAGAUUUGUGAUGGUAGCAGAGAACAGAUCAGCUCUUCGACCCUGCAUUCAAACUAUAAAGAAAUGGCCAGGCGAGAUGGUGAUAUGUGGAAGGGCAGUGAGUGGUGCAGAGUCAGCGUUGGAUUCUCUUUCCUUUCCCACCCUUUCCAUUGUUGGUGGUGAUAUGUGGAAGGUAGAAUGUAGAAAGAUGCAUGCUUCUGAUGCGGCCGUCGUUUGUUUCCUUGUAAAUUCAAUUACAGAUUGUAGAUGCUGGCUCUCUUUUGGGGGUGGGACACAUAUGCGAUUGAAGGAGGGGAAAUGGGUGUUAGUAGGUGUGUUGAGACAAGGUUGUGAGGAUAUUGUAAGUGCGACAGCUGAAAUAUGGGAUGAAGAAGGUUAGGUAGAGAGAGGAAUAUUGUUGGUGUAAGAAGAAGGGAGAGUGUUAGAGGCAUUUAAUCGGUUCUGGACAUUAUUCAUCUAA